AUGUCAAGUAACUUAAGAGCUGAAAAUAGAAGAAAUCGUCGAAAUGAGAGAAAUGAGGCCAGACGAGAAGAAAUUAAUCGUUGCCAAAAUGAAAGAAAUGAGGCCAGGCGAGAAGCAAUUAAUCGUUGCCAAAAUGAAAGAAAUGAGGCUAGGCGAGAAGCAAUUAAUCGUCGCCAAAAUGAAAGAAAUGAGGCUAGGCGAGAAGAAGUUAAUCGUCGCCAAAAUGAAAGGAAUGAGGCUAGACGUGAAGAAGUUAAUCGUCGCCAAAAUGAAAGGAAUGAGGCUAGACGUGAAGAAGUUAAUUGUCGCCAAAAUGAAAGGAAUGAGGCUAGACGUGAAGAAGUUAAUCGUCGCCAAAAUGAAAGAAAUGAGGCUAGACGAGUAUUAUUUAGGCGUGGAAUACAUUGCAUAGCAAGAAAUAAUGUUUUUAUAGAGAGUAAUUACCUAGGAGAAAUGAACCAUAAUUGUCAGUAUUGUGGUGCUAAAAAUUUUUUAAAUGAAACACAUUUUUUGUGCUGCCAUUCAGGAAAGGUUGUCUUACCUCCACUUUCACCUUAUCCACCGCUGAUGUUUGAUUUAAUGACAGGCAACCAUGUUGAUCGUGCUUUGAAUCAAAAUUUUUUCAAGCAUAUACAAAAUUAUAAUGCCUGUCUAUCUUUUGCUUCAUUCAUAGCCACAAUAGAUCCUCCGUCAAAUCGUGGUCCACCCUGUUUUAGAAUUAGUGGGCAAAUUAUGCAUCGUAUUGGUAAUCUAAGACAUCAGCAAGGGGAUCCACCUGUUUAUUGUCAAUUAUAUGUUUAUGAUCCUAAUACUGCUUUAAAUUUUCGAAUGGAGCAAAAUGAUUGUUGCAUACGUGAGUUAAUGGAACUUUUGCAGACUAUAAUUAAUCAGGAGAACCCAUAUGCGCUUGCAUUUAAAAACAUGGCAGAAGUUGAAGAUGCAGAAAUUCGUCAAGCUGCUAUAGAAGGUCGACCGAUUUCUGUUGUCAAAAUGUCGUUGCUUGAGGGUUGUGAUAGACGUUGA